AUGAACCUGACAGAAUUUAAUCAGUCUGAUGGCUGUGAUCAUUUCUCCUGUCCAGAGAGAUCUGUAUCUCCUGCUGUUUACUGCUUACUGUACGUGUGUUCAGCUGCUGUGGUUCUGCUAACAAUGUGUGGAAAUCUGCUCAUCAUCAUCUCUAUUCUUCACUUCAAGCAGCUUCACACACCAACAAACAUGCUGGUGCUCUCUCUGGCUGUGUCAGAUUUCCUCAUUGGAGCUUUAGUGAUGCCAGCUAUGUUCAUCUGGACGAUUGAAUCAUGCUGGAUUUUUGGAAGAGAUUUCUGCAUUGUAUUUUUGUGGAUUGGUGGAGUCCUCAUGAGCCUAUCUAUAUACAAUAUUGUUCUGAUUGCUGUAGAUCGGUAUUUGGCUCUGUCAAACCCAUUUCUCUACACAAACACAGUCACUAAGAGGAUGAUGUGCAUUGUGGUUUAUUUUAACUGGUUUGUGUGUCUGCUUUAUAUCAUGACAAUCUUUUUUUUUAAUGGAAAGUUAAUGAAUUUUGUAAUGUGUCCUGGAGAGUGUUAUUACUUGCUUAAUGAGGUUUGGUAUGUAAUUGAUCUAAUAUUUUCAUUUAUAUUUCCACUUUCUGUCAUAAUCAUAUUGUAUACUCGAGUUUUUGUGAUUGCUAAGAAACAUGCCACUGCUAUCAGAGAGCUUAAUAAUCACACACAGCCUAAAGCACAGAAAAUCACCUCACACUCCAUGCAAUCUGAGAGAAAAGCAGCUAAAGUCCUCAGUAUUUUAGUGUCUGUGUUUUUGUCCGGUUUACUCCCAUAUCUUAUUUACAGUUUUUUAGACAAUUUUAUUAAACUGCAGACAGAAACAUUUCAGAAACUUGUAAUUGUGGCUUAUCUUAAUUCCACCAUUAAUCCACUUAUUUAUGCUCUGUUUUACCCGUGGUUUAGAAGGUGUAUGAAAUUAAUCGUAACUCUGCAAAUAUUCCAGAAAGACUCUGCAUUAAUCAGUAUCUUUUCAUGA